AAAGAAUAUGCAUUUAGUGAACAAAUUAGCUCUAAAUUAAAGAGAAAAACAUGACAAGUUAUUACACAAAUCACCGGAACUGAAACAGAGUAUAUUACAGAUAUUACAUUCUAACUCAUAGUCUAAUACCGCAAAUUUAAGCAAUUAAUUAAUGACACAAGACAAAGCAAACUAUUCAGAUCGAUCUACAGCAGUAUGAAAAGGGACAUUCCGGCGGCCACCUGCAACAAAUACAUCAACCGUUGACUUGCAUUGACCACAGCAGCCGACGCUGCUGCGAACAUCCCUGCUUCAGUGUUGGUGGUCAACACCAGCACCGUCCAGUCAUCGUCCGUCCCGAUUCCCGCUCCGGUGAACCGGGAAUCGUUGAGGAAUUUCGCGUUUUGAAAUGACUGUGUGUAGUUGGUGAGAACCAGAGUAGGGACUCGCUUACGGACACAGACGGGCAGUAUUGUCCCGUCUUUAGUCGAGUUAGCGUCUAUCUUACACUUGUCCAGGUGUUUCUGUAAGUUCCCGAUUUGGGGCGGGCUGCUUCGGCUGCCCGCCCGCGGACAGGGCUGGUCUUCUAUUUCAUCAGCUAUCUCCUCAGCGAGGCAAUUCGCCUUGUCGUGCUUGGCCAGGGCCGGCACUUUCAAGGAUUGCCGGUAGCUGUUGAUUCCUUGCAGAAGAUGAUCCUCCUCAUCUGAUGUUAACAUUCAUGUAAUGUCAAAAGUCAUUUAUGGGGGAAAACAGAAUUUGUCUACUAUUCCGUACUACUGUUACAAAUUCAUACUCCCUACAUUCCUAUUAAAACUUUCAACUUUCCUUUUUCGUUAAUUCCAAUUAAAACUUUUUAGUAAAGAAUUUGUGGUUCACAACAUUUCUUACACAUUUCUCUUUCUUCUACACAACUUUCCACCACACAAUACUCACUAUCUUAAAUUGUGUUCCAAACCUAUUUGGAACAUAAAAUAGGAACGGAGGAGUACUAGAUACCUUCUGUUCCAAAUUAUUAAAGUUAAAUUUUCUCUAUUCAUUAAUUAAUUCAACUUUAAUUAUUGAAAUUUACAUAUUCAAAAGUUAAUGUUAAAAUCUUUAUUAAAAUAUUUAUAAAGUAAUAAAAUUCAAAUUAAAAUUUAAUUAAUAAUUAAUAUAUUCUAAUUAAGUGAAUAAAGUGAAUCUAUUUGACCCAAAAAGUCAAUUUUGUAACUCAAUUUGUAACUCAAUUUGUAACUCAAUUAUAUUUGGGAAGGACGGAGUACAUAAUUUAGCUUUUGUGAAAUUCACCCCCUACUCUCAAUUUCUAAAAAAAGUACAUCUAGAUCUCUCAUAUAUAAAUUAAGAAUUAGCGUUUUGGCUAGACACGAAAUUAAAAAUUAUCAUCGACUUUUUCCUAAAAUAUUAGGAAUUGAAUUUACUCCUAAUGAAGUCAUUUAUAAACUUUUAAUAGGACUAAAUAAAACAUACCCUAUUAAUUGUGCAAUAUGUCUAUCUUUUACUCCUAAUUGAAGUGAUUUCAUAUUUAAAAAAGUAAAAUUAUGUCAAGGAAACAAAAGAAGCUAAGCUAAGUACAAUGUUUACUUAAAAAAUAAUCAAUGCAGCCAUUUUACUAAUUUUCAAAUUUUUAAUAGGAAUAUACUUCGUAUAAAUAUAAAAAAAGUAAAAAUUUCAAAAUUAAAGUGAAAAUGAAUUGAAAUAGGUGGGCGGGCAGUUUGUGACUAACCAUCGCAGCGAACCAAGAGAGAAGCAAAGAGAAAGGCGAUGAGGAAACCCCAAAUUGUUGCAGCGAAUCGGUGAGAUGCCAUGGAUAUGAUAUAUAUGAUGGUGAUUAACAGAUCGAUCAGAAAAAUAUAUAUAGAGAUCAAGAAACUAAAGGGUAGAGCUGAGACUAGAGAUGAGAUUUGAAGAUGAAACUAAGCUAAGGCAGGACUAAUGGCCGGGUCAGGUGAUCGAAGCUAAGAUCUUUACACUUUCCAUUUUUAGUAGUACCAGAAAGAUCUUUACACUUCCUUAUUUGCCUUAUUUGACAAAUAAAUCUACACAAAACACAGUGUCAAACAGUGCUAAACAGUAUCAAACAGUGUUUAUUUCCUAAAAAAUUGUGAAAUCAAAAUGUUAACAUCUUUUGGAACCGGAAGGAGUAUUAUUUAAGAUCGAUAACUACGAAGGCCGGAGAUCGAUGAGGUCAAACAUAUCAAAGUGCAUGCAUGCAUGUAUAUGCCACACGUUGCAUCCAUGCAAAGCAGCUGACGCAUUUGGUACACUUGUACUUUUAACGCCCAUUUGCCACGUCUCCACCCCCUCUAUUUAAUUAUAUUGCGGCAUAAAAAUUAAGAUGUUUUUAGUUAGACUCAAACGGGACCGGCCGGUCCGAGGGAAACCGCGAUCCUGUCGAGGUCGUUUGGGACUUUCACGGUGAAACUUUUUGAUAAUUUUUUUGAGGUGUUCUUCACCAAAUCUAGUUUAUGUCCACCAAAUUUGAGUUAAAACUUCAAUCGCGAAGGCAGCUAAAUAUAUUAUUUCAGAACAUUGCACAGUUAAAGAUAUACAAACAACGCAGGGUUAUAAAACAAUUUAUUUGACUACCUUCCCGAUUGAAUUUUUAGCUUAAAAUUGAUGAGCAUAAAAUCAAUUUUUAGAGGUAAGGGUUGGACAUGAAUCGUCCUCUAUAUUUAGAUAUAGAGGUAAGGGACAGAUUGGUCAUCGAAGUUGUAUAAAAAUGGUCAAAUAAGUCCUUGUACAGGAGGCUCUGUCCGGCCGUCGCACUCAGAGCAGUUCCAGGUGGAAUUUUUUGAUGAAAUCUUUUGAGCAUCUUAUUCAUUAAGUCUAGUUUAAUCAGACCAAAUUUAAGUUAAAACUUCGAUCAGAAAGGCAUUCAAAUGAAGUCUUGAAAAUAACUGUGUUACCUUCCAGAAUUCAUUUUAAACUUAGAUAUUUACGUGUUACCUUCCAGAAUUCAUUUUAAACUUAGAUAUUUACGUUUUAGCAUAUGAGAUGGAUCCACAUACACCUAGCGUUUUCCUAAUUUUAGGAUCGGACGUGUCCACCGCCUGUAGCCCCAAGCCAAACCUUAUACACUUUCUCCGCCUGCCACGUACUUCUCGCCGCUUCGAUCCCUCACGUCCAUUUGCCUAUAUAUACAAUGCCACACCCUUUCAUUUCUCCACUACCAUAACCAAACUAAAUCACACAAGUACCUGUUUUAAAUUGACUUCUUAAAAGUACGUGGGCGGCGCCACCGCAACGCACCGUAAACCACCUCGCGUUCACUUUCCGGCGGUCAUGGCAUCGGACGGCAACCACUUCCCUCCGCAAAAGCAGGACUCUCAACCUGGCAGAGAACACCUCAUGAAUCCCACCCCUCGCUUCUCUUCUCAAGAUUAUAAGCCUUCCAACAGGCUUCAAGGAAAGAUCGCACUGGUGACCGGAGGAGAUUCGGGGAUCGGGCGAGCUGUUUGCCACUGCUUUGCAUUGGAGGGUGCAACGGUGGCAUUCACCUACGUGAAACCACAAGAGGACAAGGAUGCCAGGGACACCCUUGAGAUCUUAAAGCAGGCAUCCAAAGGUGGAAAAGAACCUAUGGCAAUACCGACCGACUUGGGGUUCGAUGAGAACUGCAAGAAGGUCGUGGAUGCAGUGGUGAAUGCUUACGGGAGGAUUGAUAUUCUUGUCAACAAUGCAGCCGAGCAGUAUGAGACCGGGUCGAUUGAGGAGAUUGAAGAGUCUAGGCUUUUGAGGGUUUUUAGGACUAAUAUCUUUUCCCAUAUCUUUCUUACCAAGCAUGCAGUGAAGCACAUGAAGGAAGGGAGCUCAAUAAUAAACACAACCUCAGUGACAGCAUACAAAGGGAGUCCGAAGCUGCUUGAUUACUGCGCAACGAAGGGCGCAAUUGUGGCGUUCACCAGAGGGCUUGCUCUGCAGUUGGUGAACAAGGGGAUACGUGUGAACGCGGUUGCCCCUGGUCCAAUCUGGACACCGCUGAUCCCGGCUUCAUUCACCGAAUCCGAAUGUCAAAGCUUUGGUAAAGAAGUUCCAAUGCAGAGGGCAGGCCACCCCAUCGAGGUGGCUCCGUCGUAUGUUUUCCUCGCGUCCAGCCCGGAAUCCAGUUACAUCACAGGCCAAGUCCUCCACCCCAAUGGAGGAACAAUUGUUAGUGGUUGAAGUAAAAAUAAAGGGCAAUGACAAGGAGAGUGUUAGUAAGGGCGGCUAGCUUCUUAUGUAUUGUGUAAUUAUAAUGUCUGUGUUGUGCUAAAGGAAGGCCUGCACUUUCUUUAUUUAGUUAUUGUGUCAGUUUGAGUGUGUGAAAUAUGUGAUGGUUUUUACUGUGUUACGUUGUCUGAUGUAAAUCCUUGUUGAUUUAUAGAAAAUAACACACUAGUACACAGUAUUAGUGUAUUACGCAAACACUUGUUCUUCUGAUCAGCUGUUGUUAAAAGAAUUUCCACAGAUAAAAAACUCUUGGAUAAAUAUUAAUGUUCAGUGGUGCUGUUUUAGUAUGUAAAAGUGGAGAGGAGAAAUAAGAAACAAUUAAGCACAGAAACUUACUGAGGAAAAGUAAUCAGUCUUUUAACAUUUCAAUAUGCUCCUUGAGACUUCCAUGGAUAGCAUCAACAGUAUCGAGAAGGAAAAGAUCAGAGCCAUGCUUUGCCAACAAUGAUAUUCCAACAGGAAGGUUGCCAUAUGCUCCGAGUGGUAUGUUUACCUG